AUGCAGGACUCAGAGGGGCUGCGCCAGCGAGGCGUUCGGCCGCUGAGGCCGGCUUAUCACGAGACACCGCUCUGUUCCAUCGGCAAGACUGUCCGGGUGAAUCUGCCCUCGGGCCAGAUUCGGCGUGCCAUUGUGGAGUAUGUCAACGAAGACGGCACAGUGGAUGUCGCCUUUGCUGGGGCUUCCGUGAACUUGGCUGAGGCCUCGAAAGACAUGGGAGCGACUGAAGCGACCGUGGCUGCUGACAGCCUAAGGCCGCUCCAUGACGAGGAGCUCUCCUUCGAGGAUGACGAAGCCUUCGAAGGCGCUGGUGCACAGCGCGCUAAGGAAGUCGGAAACCUUGUGUUCAAGCUCGGCGACAUGGAGGCUGCAGCAGAACUCUAUGCCCGUGCACUGAAAGUGCUCGAGCGAUGCGAGGAUGGCGUCGAAUGGGUCCUGGCAAAUCGGCAUGGCUCUUUGCAGCCUGCUCGAGUGUGCCGAGGACCUCGCCUUCGCCGCCGCUCGCGCCUUUGCGGCCACCCUGCUCGCAUUGCUACGAUCUGGCGCUGCCAGCGUCGGCGACCCGCUGUGGCUGAACGAUCUCCUGACAGUGCACCUGACCGCGUCGACCUGAAAUUCUGUGGGACCGACGAGGUCCUUCACGGAGUUCCGCUCUCUGCAGUGCUCGGAGUUCGGUUGGAUCAGCUUUUGCUUCAAGGCAGCUUGCAUCUCAAUCGCUCACGAGCACUGGCGCAGCUUGGACACCAAGCUGAAGCUGCACAGGACCUGUCCAUCGUGAUCUCGCUGUGGGCUGCCCAUGCUGCAGCAGGUUCCCCGCGAGUUGGGAAGGACGAAGAGUGCAAGGAACAGCUGGUCAAGGCAUUCUACCUCCGUGCCAAGACGCGAAUGUCGAGGCAGCGAAUCGAGCCUGCUCGCAGUGACCUGGCAGCUGCAGCUGCACUGAGGCCUGCCGAAGCAACUGCUACACUGCUGCGCCAGGCUGAGCGCGAACUUGAAGCUGUACAGAAAGAGAAGGUCCGAAGCAACAAAAAGCUGGCAAAGGAGAUUGCCAACUUCGCAGACUCCGCAAUGUCAGGUCUCUCUGAGGCAGAGCUGGCAGCCUUGGGCGCGGGAACCGAAUGA